GGUGGUGGGCGCUGCGGACGACUCUGAUUGGCUCUCUAUUACUCACCGGAAGUUCUUUCGUGCCUAUAAAGUCAACGAGCUUGAGUGAUUGGACCAUUGUCAAGAUGCUGAGAACUCUGUUUGUUUGUCUUCCCUUCCUGAUGAUCUCCUCCGGGGAGACGGCAGGGGUUCCCGGGACAGCUCCAGCGGUGGCCGGCCGGGGAAACUUCCCCUACGGAGGCACGAUGAACUGCACGUGGCUUGCCCAGGAGCGAGGCGACGACCGGGUCACGGUGUCGGUCAAGUGCGAGGACCCCGUGGCGCGCGUCCACGGCGGGGUGACCGACCGCGAGUGCAGCUACGACGGCAAGCCUCGCCUCUGCCUGGCCUUCCGCGCCGACCCGCGGGGCUUCUGGAAGCAGGUGUCCCGCUCCUUUAGGCGGCUCGCGAGCGGCGUGUGCGCGGACGACAAGACCAGGGUGAGGGCGCGGAUGUGCAAGGGAGCUCCCCGAGACGCGCACUUCAAGUUGGACAUUCACAGCUCCGUCAUCUCCGCACAAUCCGGCGGUGUGGACCGGCCCCCGACGUACCGACCGCCUGCGACGAACACCACCGCCUGCCCGGAGACCCGCAAGAAGGCGGAGGAGUACUGCAGCAGUUCCUGGGCCAGCGUGUGCACGUUCUUUCUGUCCAUGGUGCAUAAUGACUGCUAGUUUUUCUUCUUUCCAAAAUUAUAUUUAAUACAGAGCUGAAUUUAUCUUGCUUUAAAUAAAGAGUUUUCCAUAACCACUA